AUGGUCUUCAUAUAUUUUAAUCUCUUAGGUUUUGUGUUUUUGGGGCUUAGAGAACAGAAUCUUUAUUUUAGGAGUAAAAUACCUGUUGACAAAGUUUUAGGGAUGAUACCCCGACGCGCGUCAGCAGCCAUCGAAACCAAUGAGGCUGGGCUGGCACCGUGCCCCGCUCGCCCUUUCGCGGUCGGCGAUCUUGACGUCUCGGCGAGCGGCGGGGGGAUAACGGACGACGCGGAGGGGCCGUUUUCCCCGGAGACGGCGAGGUUAGAGGACGGGGUGUUCAGGGGAAACGCGGUUGACUUACCGGACGACGAUCCUAGGGUUAGGAGGAGGGUGAAGGGAUUCAAGCCGGAGCAGAUCUCGGUGUCGCUCUCGGCUACUCAUGACUCUGUUUGGAUCUCUUGGAUCACUGGAGAUUUUCAAAUUGGGAAAAGAAUCAAGCCUUUAGAUCCUAAAAGUGUAGCCAGCAUUGUUCGUUAUGGAAGACGACGGCAUUCUUUACAUCAUCAAGCCACUGGCUAUUCAUUUGUUUAUAAUCAGCUAUACCCAUUUAAAGGCCUUCAGAAUUACACUUCUGGGAUAAUUCACCAUGUUCGCCUUACAGGACUUAACCCAGGAACAAAGUACGUUUAUCAAUGUGGAGACCCCUCUUUUGGCAUGAGUCAUAUCCAUGCUUUCAGGACCAUGCCGGUUUCAGGACCUCAGAGUUACCCAGCACGAAUUGCGAUCAUUGGUGAUUUGGGUCUUACAUACAAUACUACAUCCACAGUCGGUCAUAUGAGAAAAAACAAGCCUGACCUGAUAGUCUUGGUGGGUGAUGUUACUUAUGCAAAUAUGUACCUGACGAAUGGAACGGGAACAAACUGCUAUACUUGUUCAUUUAGUAACAGUACUCCAAUACACGAGACGUACCAGCCACGUUGGGAUUACUGGGGAAGGUUUAUGGAACCAACAGUAUCAGAAAUUCCUAUAAUGGUGAUAGAAGGAAACCAUGAACUAGAACAACAGGCUGAAAAGAAGACCUAUGUAUCAUACAGCUCUAGGUUCGCAUUUCCAUCUGAAGAAAGCGGGUCAUUUUCUACAUUUUACUAUUCUUUUAAUGCUGGGGGAAUACAUUUCAUCAUGCUUGGUGGCUACAUUUCUUAUGAAAAGUCAGGAGAGCAGUACAAGUGGUUGGAGAGAGAUUUGUCAAAUGUAGACAGAACAGUAACCCCUUGGUUGAUAGCCACCUGGCAUCCACCUUGGUAUAGCAGUUAUGUAGCCCAUUACAGGGAAGCAGAAUGUAUGAGAGUGGAAAUGGAAGAACUUCUAUACUCAUAUGGCGUUGAUGUAGUUUUUAAUGGUCAUGUUCAUGCUUAUGAAAGAUCAAAUCGGGUCUACAACUACUCCUUAGAUCCAUGUGCUCCACUUCAUAUUACAGUUGGAGAUGGAGGAAAUCGAGAGAAGAUAGCUGUUUCUCAUGCAGAUGAUCCUGGCCACUGCCCAGAUCCAUGGAGUGCGCGUGACUGGACUGGCAAAUUCUGUGCUUUCAACUUCACCACAGGCCCUGCUGCUGACAAAUUCUGCUGGGAUCGUCAGCCUUACUAUAGUGCAUAUCGAGAAAGCAGCUUUGGCCAUGGAAUAUUGGAGGUAAAGAAUGAGACUUAUGCAUUAUGGACAUGGCACCGGAACCAGGACCUUUAUGGAACUGCCGGAGAUCAGAUUUACAUAGUAAGACAGCCUGACAUGUGUCCUUUCCGACUGAAGUCAACAACAACCAACACCCAAAACUUAGAGAAAUCAUAGGGAAUCAGUACUCGAACCUUAAGCCAGUGUUGACUGAUGCCCAAAACUUACCUUCUUUUAUUGGCAAGUUCUUGUGAUCUAUAUAAGCAUGAAUCAUAUCAAAGAUUCAUAAAUAAUUUUUCGAGUAGAUGUGGUGAUGUUUACAUCCACCGACCAAGUCUUGGUCUGAUGUAUUGUUGAUGUGACAUGCAUCAAUGCCAUUACACCAGAUCAUUAUUGUUAGCCAUAGACAUGAUACGAUGUUGCUUAUUAGUGCACUAUCUAAAAGAAGCAUAGUAGAAAAGCAGAUGAAUGCUGCGUAUUGUGGACUUGAAUUAAUACAGGAUAUGUUGGGGAAUAAUAGUGUGUAUAUAUGAGCUUCAAGAAAGCUUCAAAUGGGAUGUAUAGCGUGUAAAUACCUGUAUUUGCGUUGUACGUACGCUUGUAUACCUUAUUGUGUGAUAUCUAAUGGUGUUAUCUCCCUUUCAGCUU